AUGCAGGAACCUAACGAAGCCCGAGUGGGCAACAUGCUAGCAUCUUCUGCCACGGGCACAACAUUCCUGAUUCUCAUUCAAGUGGUUUCUAGGAUGUUCACGUUUAUUUCCAACCAGCUCAUUCUGCGCAGUCUGUCGCCGAUGAUACUCGGAAUCGCUGCUCAGCUGGAACUUUUUCAGGCCUCAAUUUUAUACUUUUCUCGAGAAAGCAUCCGUAUGGCCAUUCAGAGACAACCACUCAUCACUGAUGUAACAAAAUUGAAGAAUGAACUUCGUCGACAUGGGCAGUCUGUUGCAUCUCAGUCGGUCGUCAAUUUCUCUUAUUUGAGUGUUUUGCUGGGCAUACUUUCGACAAUCAUUUUCACAGUGGUUUAUCAGCAUUAUGCACCCGAAAAGGCAAUACAAACACCCUUUUUUAAGCUCGGCAUAGUCCUAACAGGAGUAUCUGCGAUUCUUGAAUUGAGCGUCGAACCGUUUUUUGCAAUCGUGCAACAACGAAUGUGGUACCAGAAACGAGCCGCUGCUGAGAUGCCUGCAGUGUUGAUCAAAAGCUUUGUGACAUGCUCACUGUUUCUCUAUGCGGCCCAUAGUAGCCAAAAUAUGGGAAUUCUCCCUUUUGCUCUCGGACAUCUGAGCUAUUCAAUGGCCUUAAUCGUCGGCUACUGUUUAUCAUUGCUUCCGCGAGCGAGCGAGCGACAGUUCUCGUUCCUCCCCACAGUUAUUAAAGCCAUGGAUACGACCGAAUAUCUUCUUGGUCGGUUUUCUCGAAAGCUGACAUCGCUCGCCGCAAGUGUUCUUUUCCAAUCCCUCGUAAAGCACCUCCUCACCCAAGGAGAUUCUAUGAUGCUCGCCGCUUUGUCUAGCUUAGAGGAUCAAGGAAUUUAUUCGCUAGCGUCAAAUUAUGGCGGUCUGAUUGCACGAGUCGUAUUCCAGCCCCUGGAAGAGAGUAGCCGAAACUUAUUUUCGACACUUUUAAGCCCAGACGAGAAUGGGGGGAAAAACGCAGGUCAAGUGCGCAUUGCAAAAAAUCAUCUGAUCGAUCUCCUUCGGGCUUACCAAUUGCUUUCGGUACUUGCAAUCCCACUGGGUCCCAUUAUGGUGCCUCAAGGACUUCGAAUUCUGGGAGGCCGCCAGUGGGCAUCGCCCCAAGUCGGGGAACUUCUGUCACUCUAUUGUUAUUAUGUUCCAUUCUUAGCCUUCAAUGGUAUCACUGAGGCUUUUGUGGCGUCUGCUGCAAAUUCAAAAGAAAUCCAAAGGCAAACCGCCUGGAUGGGUGCUUUUUCUGUGUGCUACGCCGUAGCUUCCUAUCUAUUUUUGGAAGUCUGGUCGAUGGGUGCUUAUGGAUUAGUGAUGGCUAAUAUUGUGAACAUGGCGAUCCGCACUUUGUGGAGCUUUAAUUUUAUAAGAUCAUACCUUGGACAACAUGAGAAUGGCCUUGGGAUCACCGAAAUGAGCAUUCAUCCUAUGAGUUACAUUUGGGCGGUCCUAGCCAUGGGGGCUAUUACCACACAGGGACUAUCGGGUGCAGACCAGGACACGAUCCCUGCUCUCGCAUUCAGUUGUGUCUACUCAUUACUUAUGUAA